AUGGCUACCCCCAGUGUCCUCGCUUUUGACGCUGAGGGUCGAGCCAUUGACUUUGACGUCUGGGUCGCCGGCCUGCAGCUGUUCUUACAGUGCGAUAGGGUAGACGGUCUCUCUCUCUUUGACCUCACCUCUGGCGCCUCUCCUACCCCUGCUGAUGAUGCUGACGCCACUGUUCGCUCCCAGUGGGCCACGCGCAACGCUGCUGCACGUCUUGCUGUGCGUCGCAACCUGCCUACCACUGAGCGCGCGCACUUUAGUCAGUACAAGAGUGCUCAGACCUUGUACGACGCUGUAGUUGCGCGCUACUCUUCCCCUGCCACUGCUGCACUGAGCCGCCUCAUGCUACCGUACCUCUUCCCUGACCUUGCUGCCUUUCCCACAGUCGCUGACCUCAUUACGUACCUCCGCACUAGUGACACUCGCUACCGCGCUGCACUUCCUGCUGACUUCUGCGCCAAGAACCCCCCCCCCAUGUACAUCACUCUCUACUACUUAGUCAGUCGCCUCCCUGACUCCCUUCGCGUAGUCAGGGACCACUUCCUCUCAGUCUGUCCCACCACUCUCACUGUUGACCUCCUUGAGAAGUCCCUCCUAGCGGCCGAGAAGAGCAUAGUCGCUAUAGGGGCCUCUCGUGGUGACCCGCGCACCCCCAUCUUUGAGGGGUGUUCCCCCUCCCCGCUCCUGCCCUUUGUUGCCUCUGUUGCUGCGGCCGACCUCCUUGGUCUUGAGUCGGUCGGUGCGGCGUCUGCCCCUAGCGGGAGACGCCGCUCUGGCAAGGGCAAGGGGGGCAGGGGCACUAGAGGAGCGAGAGGGGGCGGUGGAGGUGGAGGUGGAGGCGGCGGGGGGAGUGGGGGUGGCGGUGGGAGUGGAGGUGGGGGUGGAGGUGUCGGUGGCGGCAGUGGAGGCGGAGGCGGCGGCGGCGGUGGCGGUGGUAGCGGAGGUGGCGGAGGUGGUGGCAGUGGAGGAGGCGGAGGAGGCGGCGGUAGUAGCGGAGGCGGCGGAGGCAGCGGAGGCGGCGGGGGUGGCGGUGGAGCUGGUCGCGGGUCUACGCAGCGGAGUGGCUCCGGUGGUGGUCUGCGCCAGCAGCAGCAGCGCAGUCGUGAGACCUUGUCCCCUCAGCAGCUCCUUGAGUGGUACACUGCACGCCAGCGGGGUGGGGGCUUUGAUCCGUGCACCUACGUCCUGCGCACCGGCGACCAUGCGGGUGAGCAGUGUGGGGGUGCGCACCCCACCCAGCGCUGCUUUGGCCGCCUGACGGACGCGUGGCGUCACCAAUUCCCCGAGGCCACAGAGAUCCCUCGCCGGGGCGAGCUGUCAAGGGCGAGAGUUGCCAUCUAUGAUCUUGAUUUUGAUGCUAUCCUUUCUGCCAUGUUUGCUGUGUCUAUUAGUGAUGAGGGUGACUGUUACCGGUGUUUCCCGCCCGACCCGGGCAUUGAGACUGCUGCUCUAGGUACUGGUGAGGCUGCUGCUCUAGGUGCCAGUGAGGCUGUUGCUCUAGGUGCCAGUGCAUUUGCGUCCUCAGGUGCUGGUGAGUCUGCGCUUGCAGGUACUGCUGGUGCUGACCUACAGGAUGCGGGGGUUCACCAGUUUACUCCUGCGAGUCAGCGGGUGACCCACUGCUCGGACGCUCGCACAGGCCGGCACCUGGCCACGUUUACGCGUCGGCCGGGGUCGAGCCUGUACACCCUGACCACUGAGUCUCCUCCUGUCCCUGCGUCUAGUCAGCUAGCUGCGUCGGGUCAGGUGUUUGCUGCAGUGUCCAGGUCUGGUCCUGAGUCUGCCCCCUGCUCGUGUCGCCUCCUGUCUCACGAGACUCUCCUUUGGCACCACCGCCUUGGUCACCCCUCCCUGCCUCGUCUCCGAGGCAUGGCCUCUCGUGUCCUUGUCUCUGGUCUUCCCCGGUCCCUCCCUCCCCUUCCUCCGGGGCGUGGCCCCACCUGCGUCCCCUGUGUCGAGGGGCGGCUGCGGGCUGCCCCUCACUCCUCUCAGUUUCCCCCGACAAAGGCCCCGCUGCAGACGCUUCACAUGGACGUGUGGGGCCCGGCCCGCGUCCGUGGACAGGGUCAAGAGCGCUACUUCCUGCUGGUGGUUGACGACUACUCGCGUUACACCACAGUCUUCCCCCUGCGCAGCAAGGGUGAUGUCAGUAAGACCUUUACGCUUCCGGACUCUCCACAACAAAAUGGGAUUGCUGAGCGCCGCAUUGGCAUGGUCAUGGACGUCGCCCGUACGUCCAUGAUCCAUGCGGCUGCCCCCCAGUUUCUGUGGCCGUUUGCGGUUCGGUACGUGGCGCAUCAGAUCAACCUUCACCCCAGGGUCUCCAUGCCGGAGACCUCCCCAGCUUUGCUGUGGACGGGGAAGGUUGGCGAUGCGUCUUCGUUCCAUGUCUGGGGAUCUCGGGCGUUUGUCCGCGACUUGUCCGCGGACAAGCUGUCCCCUCGUGCUGCUCCUUGCGUCUUCCUUGGCUUCCCCCCUGACGCGCCAGGGUGGCAGUUCUACCACCCCACCUCUCGUCGUGUUCUGUCCUCCCAGGACGUCACGUUUGACGAUUCGGUCCCCUACUACCGCCUCUUCCCCUACCGCACUCCUUCUCUCCCCCUGCCACCGCUCUUCCUUGUGCCAGGUCCCCCCCCGGUAGACCCCCUCCCCCCUCAGGGUCCUACCCCUUCACGUGUGUCCCAGGUAGACACGUUCGAGCCUGUCGAGGUUACUGGUGACUCUGGUGCUGCUGCGGGUGCUGAGCCUGGGGGUGCUGCGACUGGGGCCUGGGGGUGCUGA